AUGCGGAAAUCAUUUGAUCCCUACGAGAGAUUAAUUUCGCUACACCUUCAGCAUUAUGGAUUCUUCUCAGCUAAUGGUUCAUCUGUGCAUUCAAGUGUCCCCAUCAAACGAGAUGGCAACCAAGACUCUACUGCCUUAGACUUUACUAACUCACCAACGGAGAGCAAUGAUUCUAACUUAGAGGAGGAACAAGAGGAACCAAAGCCAUGUCAAAACCUUGUCAACUUAGACAAAGUUCUCAGAACCCGGCAGCUAGUAUUUGAUUUCGAUGGGGAGCGGCCCAUUCCACGGCUAAGGGACCCUUUGGAUCUCUUCACAAUCCCAUCUACCUCCUGUCCAUUCCAGGGUGUCCGCUGGCCCAUAGAGUGUGAAGUGAUCCAUGAAAAAAUCCAGCAUAUAGAAUGGGACCCCCCAGAGCCAGAGCCAUUCUACCAGUCAACAGGUGAUGUACAGGCUCCUAUACCAUUUAGAGACGAGAGAAGAAACAUGGUCUACUGCAUAGACCAAGGCACAGAAACCUCCUACUUCACCUACUCUCGUGUGGGUGGCAGCAGAGGGCCUAUUAAAUGUGCCACAUCCUGUGCCAACAAUCAAGGCGAGCCUACUCUAGGUUUUGAAUCUCGUUUCGAGAGUGGAAACCUACAAAAGGCAGUGCAAGUUGGUCAGUAUGACUACGAGCUGACUUUGCACACCGACUUGUACACUACUAAGCACACGCAGUGGUUCUACUUUCGUGUGAGGAAGAUGAGGGCAGGAAAUACCUACCGCUUCACUAUAAUCAACUUGAUGAAGACCAGCAGUCUGUACAGCACUGGUAUGCGCCCCCUGCUUUACUCUGAGCAUGCUGCCUGUCUAAAGGGUGAGGGUUGGAAACGAGCAGGAACCAACAUCAGGUACUACCAAAACAACACCGAUCAAGAUGGUAUAGCAAUGUACUCCCUCACCUGGACUCUUGAGUUUCCUUAUGACAGUGACACCUGCUACUUGGCCCAUUGCUACCCAUACACAUAUUCAGAUCUGCAGUGCUACCUGCGUGAAGUCAUCUCAGACCCUGUUCGUACUGCUCAUUGUAAACUGCGGGUGCUCUGUCGUAGCCUGGCAGGCAAUGCGGUGUAUGUUUUGACUAUAACCUCACCAUCCACCAGCUUGGCGGAACGCAAGACCAAGCGGGCAGUUGUAGUGACAGCACGGGUGCACCCAGGAGAAACCAAUGGUUCUUGGAUGAUGCAGGGCUUUUUAGAGUUCAUUCUGAGUGACUUGCCUGACGCUCGCUUAUUGAGGGAAAUCUUUGUCUUUAAGGUUAUACCGAUGCUGAACCCUGACGGUGUGGUGGUGGGAAACCACCGCUGCUCAUUGACAGGCUGUGAUCUGAACCGAAACUACCAUACUCUACUGCGAGACUAUUUCCCCUGCAUUUGGUACACUCGCAACAUGGUGAAAAGGUUGCUUGCUGAGAGAGAGGUGGUGGUUUAUUGUGACUUUCAUGGCCACAGCAGGAAAAACAAUGUGUUCAUGUAUGGUUGUAACGAUCAUAAAGAUGCCUCACAGUGCCUUCAGGAGCAAAUCUUCCCUCUGAUGAUGAGCAAGAAUGCUAAAGACAAGUUUGCUUUUAGUAGUUGCAAGUUCAAAAUGCACAAGAGCAAAGAGGGUACUGGGCGCGUUGUCAUGUGGAAACUUGGCAUUAGGAACAGCUACACCUUGGAGUCUACCUUCGGAGGCACAACGCUAGGGAACAGAAAAGGAACACAUUUCAGCACACAGGACCUGAAGUCGAUGGGCUACUGCUUUUGUGACACACUACUUGACUUUUGUGACCCUGACCCAGCCAAGACUACACAUUGUUUAGAGGAAUUGGGGAUGUUAUUGAGACAAGAGGUCAGAUGGAAGCUAGGGAGAAAGGUGGACUCUUUAGAUGACCUCUCAGACAUUGACAUUGAGUCCAGCACAAGUGGAUCAAACAGUACAGAAUUGGAUGGCCUCCCUCUUCAUCUUUUAUAUGCCAAAAAUCAGGGCAAGAAGAAAAACCUUAAAAGCCAUAAAGAAAGGAAUCGACUCCGAAGUGCAGGACCUAAAAUUAUCCAAAGGGAUGUCAAAAAUCCAGAUCCUGUGGCUUCAAAUGAAGACGUUAAAGUGAGAAUCUAAGACAAAACAAUGUAUAUCGCAAAAUAUUCUUGGAAACAAAAGGUGCCAUGAUUUGCAAGGGUGAAUCAGACUGUGAGGUCUUGGAUACCUCAUCCCACUUCUCACAUAGGUGUUGUAGAUCAUGGGACUCUUUGGGGGAAUAGGCCCGAUAAGGUUGUGUCUGCCACCAAUAUGCACAAUGGUUAUUCAUCUUGUCGCCACUCUCUCCCAGGAAAAUAUGUGUUCUGCAUUUCAGAUGAUCCUGGAUGCAAAAUUUAUCAGCAAAUUACCUCAUCUGACCCCCAGGGCCAAUUGCAACGGCAAACCCUCUUAGUCCCUGACGGUCAGAAGAGGUUUCCCUCUGUUCCAGCCUCCAGAGAGAGGACUCCGCCUAUAGCAAUCCAGCCGUACAAUAUACAUUUUUACCCUGCUUUCAGACCACAACCAGAAAUGAAAGGCAUGUUUUUUUUCUCUUAUAGACAGCUUUUCUCUAACUUUGUGCUUGUGAUGAUGGCAUAUUUAUAAUUUUUCUUUAUCUCAUAGGAAGACUCCCUGUUUUAAACAAUACACACCAAAGGUAAUUUGGCCAAUUACAUCACAUUACAGAAAAUUACAUUAUACAGUGGAGGUGGAGUGAAUGAAAACGAAUGUAUUUUAUGUUUAUUUACUAGUGUUGCUAAGUAGAGCUUUUAAAACCCCUAUCCCAAGUUUUUAAA